AAUCGCUGUUUGAGCCGUCCCUGAGCAAAGGUUGCGCAUUCAAUCUGGGCAGGUUUGCAACAAUUUCAUACAAUUUGUCAAUGUCCACUUCGUGGCUCGUUUAGAACCAGCAUGCGCAACAAAGCAAAAGAGGUUGAGUGGAAGUGUUUUGCAUUGGUGAAAACACAAGAAAGAUACUCACAUUUUGGCUGAGGCUUACUUGAGGUUUGCUUGUGUGUGAUGAUAGCGUUGAAUGACCGCAGAGCCUUUUUGUAUGGCUAAGAACGCACCUUGCUGCUGCAGGUUAUGAGUCAUGAGCCCAACGCAGUGAGCCAUUUACCGCGUGGGCCGUAAGACCUUGUGUUGGAGAGGCUGCCCAGAGACGCAAAAGCCAUGGAUGAUGGCGAGCCGAAUUCCUUUUGGAACCAAAUGGCUUGAGAGGAGCUUGCGCCGAUGCAGCUGCGGCCAGGAGGAUUACCAGAGGGGGGCAGGGGAGACGAUGGAAGGCUCGGAGGAGAAGGAUGGCGUUGAGAAGCUUCGCAGCUGGUCGCGCCAAGUCUUCCGAGCUGGUUGGCCCGGUUCUGCAGAAGAGUGUUUUGGAUUGUAUUUGCUCAGGAACCACAAACAAUCUUCCGAAGCCAAAUUUGGGCAGCGCCAAAAGAACUUGGACAUCAAUGCGGACCAGUCAACAAGCUGCAGGCAAAAAUGGCGACUGUUGCUUUACAAGUCCUGAAUGUACUGGAGCUGUUCCAGCUUGAAACAUCGGAAGAGAAUGACUGACUGCCCAGUGAUCAGAACAAGUCGAACGUCGACAAGCCUAUGGAGCCCCAAAGAGGAUAAAGUCCAGAAGUUGGAAGCAGACAUCAGGCCAACGCGCAAGCUGCGGGGAGUGGGGGCCGGCCUGGAAAAGACAGGGAUAACUCGGAUAACUGCACUGCCGAGCUCUAUGGCACGUUCGGCGCGAGGGCAUCUGGGGGAGCAUCGUGAAGCGGGGGAGAACACUGAUUGGUUACGUCAUUUCUUUAGUCGUUGAGGUUCGUUACCAUGAAGGAUGUGGGGUGCUCCUGGCCUCGGGUGCCACGAGCAUCCUCAGGGCUCGACUUUUGUUUGGUGCGACAUUGUGCUACGAUCGUGCGAGCUCAGAGGACAACUUUGCAGAUCUGGCAAAAUGCCGGCGGGGAGUGCGUAGGUGAAAACACGAG